AUGAGCUUGAUCGUCAGCAAUGGAACUGCCGAAGGGACGAUAUUGUACCAAUACAACCCUUCAGACACAGCAGGAUACGCUUUUGUGGCUCUCUUCAGCAUCACAACGAUCAUUCACAUUGUCCUUAUGCUGUGGUAUCGUUCUUGGUACUUCAUCCCAAUGAUACUCGGCGGCAUCAUGGAAGCGGGAGGUUAUUAUGGCCGAGCCUGGAACCACGAUAAUCCAAAACAAAUCAAAGCAUACGUCCUCUACCUCCUCCUCACCCUCUCUGCACCACCCUUCAUUGCAGCAACCAUAUACAUGGCCCUCACAAGGAUCAUGACAACUCUUCGCGCCGCACAUCUCAGCAUAUUCAACGUACGCUUCCUGACUACCACUUUCGUCGUUAUCGAUAUAAUUUGCUUCCUCGCCUUUCUUGGUGGUGCAGGAAUGCAAAUCGCUGCUUCGGCAAGCUUGCAGAGUGCAGGACGCAAAGUCGUGCUGGCUGGACUGGGCUUUCAGAUCAUCUGUUUCUUGUUCUUCGUCUAUAUCGCGAUCCGUUUCCACAAACGCAAUCUUCGCGGUCCUGGUCCGCUUGCUGAAGUGCAAGGGGUAAAGUGGAGGAAACAUUCAUGGGCAUUGUAUCUAGCUUGUUUGUUCAUGUUGGUGAGGAACAUCUUCAGAAUUGCAGAGUACACGCAGGGUCACGAAGGGGUGAUUGCGCGUCAUGAGUGGUUCAUAUACACGUUUGAUGCUACGAUGAUGUGGUUGGUGAUGGUUGUGUAUGCAACCGUGCAUCCUGGUCGACUUGUUAGACAGGUCAGAAAAGCAGAGAAGCAAGGCGAGAUGAUAGACGGGCAAGAACUGGAUGGGGUGGAGAAAGAGCAAGAUGCGGGUAGACAACAGUGGUCAUAA